CAGGAUGACAGGUAAACCACAAAAAUUUUGGAACAAAAAAAAUGGGAAAGUCAGAAUGUUGCUUCUGUAUACUGAACAGAUUUAUAUUCUGUGUCGUAAUUUUCCAGUGUCAACAUUCACUGCCUAAAUGGCAUUUUUUCGAUUGGUAUUAUACGCAUCGAAACUCAAUCGCAUCACCCAAAAGCUUAUAGCAGAAAAAGAAGCAGCUACUGCCAUUUCCAGGAAAGAGAAGCCAAAAUAUGGAUGGAGAUUGAGACUCAGCCAUUUAUGGAUAAACUGUAAAAGAAGACUCAACAAUUGCCUCAUUAAUUCAAAUUUCUUAAAAAAUACGGUAGUUGAUAGAUUCUUCUAUAGAUUAAGGAAAUAUGGAAGUUUAGAGAAUUAUAUUUUGAAGAGUAUAUUAGGAUUCGUUGGUGGCUAUGUGUUAACCUAUUUACUGUUCUUUUUUCUUGCUGUACAACUGAAUGUCAGACUUUCUGUAGCAACUUUGAUUUGUUGCUUCCUUGGAUGUAUCUUAACAAUUGGCUUGGCAUUCAGUCAGAAUAUAAGAUGUAUAGUUUUCUUGACAUUACCACAGUUCUUCUCGAAAAGAGGAAGACAAGCACUCAUAGCAUACGCCCUCAUUCUCACUAUGUUAGGACCUGCAAAAAAUACUUUGAACAAUCUGGGCAUCAUGAGUGAGUCCUUGGCUUGUGGCCAGGAACAAUUAAAAUCGGCUGUAAAGCAAAUUCUAGACGUGAUAAAGAAGCCUUUUGUAGCUAUCAAAGAUGCUCUCAAAGCAGUGGUGAAAGCAGUUAAAGAAGUUAUCAAAAAAAUUAAAGAAAUACUUGUGAAAAUAAAAAGAGUUAUAAUGGCUAUCAUUGGUGUCAUAAAAUCAGUUUUCGAGUUCCUGGGAGCUAUAUUAAAUCUUUGCAACAAAGAAUUGGGCACUCCGUAUCAAAGAUGUUCAAGAGUAUUCGAAAGUGCAAUAUCAGAUUGUCAAGCAGCACUGGGGUCAUUUUUCAGCUGGGCAUGUUCAAUAGGAUAUCUGUUGAAUACGGUUUGUUAUCUCGUCAAACCGUUUGAUCUUAUUUGUUUAUUGGUAGAUUUCAUCAGUAAUUCAAUUAUUGGAGUUGUGAUAAGGAAAAUAAAAAUUUUCAUCAGACAUGUAAAAACGAUGUUUUACGUGAAGAUCAAAUUCUCCCAUUCCUACCAUUUCGAAUCAAAAUCGUCCAAAAGUAUGAGGGAUAUAGCAAGAAGCAUUGUAGAAGAAGUCAAAAUGAAAACCAGAGGAAUUGUAUCUGUUUUUGAAUUCUUCAACUGUGCAGCUAGUUUAUUCUUCAUUUUCCUGAUUUCAAGAGUAUUAUAUUAUAGACAUCAGUUUCUAACAAAGGAGAGGUUUGAUAAUAAGUUCUUAACCAAGAAUUUGGUAGAUAUCGAUUUAAGAAGGGCUGCAAUGGAUAAGGAAACAAUUUUUCCGUUAAAUCACAGGGAACGAAAAAAAUUCAUAACUAUUCAAUCAGUCCGAUUGCUUCCAAAAGAAAGAAAGGAACUUUCAGAAGGAUUGGGAUUUUUGAUGUCUACUGCCUUGAAAAUUGGAACGCAUAUGGCAAUUGAUUAUUCUUUAUUCUGGAUAAUGAACCUCAUUAGAAAAUAUGGAAAAUUCCAGUCUAAAGUACAAGCACCAAACAUACCUACAGUUAACAUAGCUGGCGAAGGAUUGCUCGCAGAUCUUCUAAAGGCAGUUGUCAAAUCCUUCCAGCCUCUUGGAAUAAAUUUAGAAAUAGAUACGGUUCCAUGCUUACCAAUUCCAAUUCCUCCUGAUUUGGACAGAUACGUUCAAAUAGCCUCAAUUCUCUUUAUGUGUCUCCUCCUAACCAUAUUCGAGCCCUAUGGUUUACGUUGGAGAAAUUGGAUUCUGUGUUACUACUACCCCAGGAGAGCAAAGGAAAGGGCUGUUUGGUUGUACAACCACAUCUUGAGAUCUAGAUCGUCAUUCUUGAAGUUCGCUAGAAGACAACUAAGACGAAAAUUACUUGGUGGUAAAAAUAUAACUAAAGUUACAUGUCUGGAAUAUUUAAGAUCAAAAACGAAUAACAAAUUUUUACUAUUUUUCCUCGGAUCUGACUCACAACAAGCCUGUUUGCUAUGCGGUGAUGUUUUCAGAGAGUCAGAUAAGGAGAAACCAAUUCGAUGUCAGAGACCUGGAUGUACUGCAAUGUACUGCAGACAGUGUUUCGAAGAUUUGGAGAACAUGUGCACAGUUUGCCAGUCCCCUAUUGAAUAUGGUGAUUUAUCCGAUUUUAGCGAGGAAAGGGAUUCUUCCGAUGAAGAAUACACAAUUCCAUCGAAACCGGAAGUUGAAACCGAAGAGUUUGAUUCUGGAAUGACAACCGAUGAACCUACCACAGAAGGUGAUGAGGGCUCAACAGACGACUAUUCAUACAGUUACCAGGAAUCCAAGAAAGUCCCUUCAACAAUUAGCGUUUACAAGAAAGAAAGCUCCAGGGAUCUAGAGAAGCAAAGCUCUCCGGAUUACGUCAGCAUGCAAUAUUUCGACGAUGAAAUGGAGUUGUACAGCUUCAAACCGUAUGGAUUCGAGGACAAGGAUGAGGAAACUCAAUUUCCAAUAGAGUCGAGUUCGUUAGAAACAUUGGAUAGAAAGCCUAUUUUAGAGGAUACAACAGAAACAUCUUCUAUUGCUUCUAUUAUCAAGGAAGAUAAGAAUACCACCAAGAGAAGCCAAGAAAAUAAAAGUUGUAUGUGCCUAAAUUUAGAUUCCAUGCGAGAUCCUGCAUCGCAGAUCCUUCUAGAUGAAUUGAAACAGAGAUUAUCUUCAAUCAGUAGUGCUCGCUCAAACUCUGCAAGAGAACUGCAGCCCAUUCAGGAGCAGACAGAGGAUGAGGCCUUAAUUCAGUUCUCCACAGAUGAGGAAACUGAAAUGAAAAGUACCAUUUUUGAGGAUUCAAGUUUUACCGCACGUAGUCAUGUGCAGAGACCUGUGAAACAGAUUCCAUCUUCGAUUGAGUCUCCAAAAGAAACAAUAACCAGUCCCGAUGAUAAUAUUGGUAACGAGAAAUUUUUGAGUGAUUCUGAACUUUCAGAAAAUGACGUGAAGAAAUUGAUUGGAAAACCUGCGUCCUCUGUCACUUCCACUCAGGAAACCUCUAGCGAUGAGGAUAUAAAGAAUGAGGCCAAACGUCCUCCUGAAAUGUCUUCAAAGCCAGAGCCUCCCUCCCAGAAACCUUCGUCAACAGAAAUAUCUUCGAAUGACGAGGAAUCUCAAGUGAAAACAAAAGUAAUACCAAGUAUAGUCAAGGUGGAACAAUUAUCUUCUACAAAACCUAGUAAAAUUAGCAACCCUUCCCUUAUAACGCAGGAAAGGCACAUAGAAUUCAUUGGUCUACAGAAAAAGAAAACCCGCACUUCCACCGAUUCAUCUUCUGAAAAUGAAAAACCGAAGACAAAAAGAACUGGAAAAUAUCGUAGCACCAUUUCAACGAAGACUUCGAAGCAAGAUGUCUCCGGUCACACGAAAGACAGAAAAUCCAUCCUGAAAGUCAAUUCAGCCAGUAGCGUCCUCUCGGAAAUCAAAGAACUGCAAGAGAAAGUAACAGUGCCGAAACUCAAUCUAAAAUCACUAGAAGAUAGUGAUAGUGAAACCAUUACACCAUCUAAACAGUCACAUCGUCAUCAAAUUGAUAGCUUUGAUUUGAUUUCAAAAACAUUAAGACCAAAUACUUUGAGCCACUUCAGAAAUUCUCGCAAAACGAAUAAAACAGAAAAGCGAUUGAAAGGUGGCUCGAACAUUCCUUUUUCAGGAGAAGAGAAAUUUCUGCAGUAUCCAGAAGAUAUAGGAACUUCUUGUCGGCAAUCGCCAGGAAGCCAGGAUAUUUCUUCGCCAAUCUAUCCAUUCAGAAGUACUUUAGGUAGUUCCCCCUCUACGUUAUCCCAAAAUUUGGACUCGCUUGAUUCAUCUCGUCCUCGAAGGAAUCAACCAAAAUCUGAUUCGCAUUUUUUUGAGUCAUCUGAUUCAUCGUUUUCACCUUUCUAUGCAGGAACAAAAAUCAAGAAUUCCUUUAGCUACUUUAACGAUUUCAACGUAUAUGUUUCGAGCCAUUCAGACUCAAUGACUACAGAUAUAAAUACUACGCAACCACCUAUUGAGAAGUCUCAUUCCAGCAUAAAAUCUAGAGAAAGUUUAACCACAAAGAAGAGCGUGAGGAUAUCUGAAACUGUAGAAGGCACAGAAGAAACUUCAGAUGAGGGAGGAGAGUUCGAAGAAACUGAUGCUAGCAGUGAUUUGAGCAUAAGUGUUCAAGAAAAUAUCCUAGGGAUUCCAAGAAGCAAACUGAAAAAGAGAGAAAAAAUAAAUUGGAAAGAAGAAAGAGAACUGAGUUCAGAGGUUGUAGGAGUCAGUGAAUCCCCUGAGGAAAACGCUGAAAAAGAAGAACUAGGAAAAGCCUCGAAGAGCAUUCAUUCAAACAUAGAAUCGACUAAAAGCAGUGAUAAAACAAAGUUGGAAGAGAACAUUUCAGGUCAUGAACUGAAUGACGCAAUGGAACAGUUUAAAUAUACUACUUCAAAUGACAAUGCAAGUUCUUCAGAUCACUCAGGAAAACUCGAUAAGGCCGGGAAAUUCAUCAUGUCCGGAAGUGACUCGAGGUUAUUGGAAAACAGAACGGUAAGGAAAUGCCGUUGUUGUAAAUGCAAGGAUAAACUGCCAAUAACUCAUCACAGUCCCAGUGGGGAUCCUGAUAGGAAGAUUCUUCUCAAAACUGGGGUUGACUGUUGCAUCCAAACCUCUGCAAUAGAUCGUUCAGAUCGCAGUUCACAGAUCAAUUUCGAUACUGAGAGUACGAGAGAUAGUUUUCCAGUCUCGUCGUCCAAUAAAAGAUGUUUAGUUAGAUGCAAACUGAAAGAAGAUUAUACGGUAGACUUACGAAAGCCAGAAAAACAUUGUGAUUGCAGCGUUUGUCGGCUAAGAAAAUCCGAAGAAAACGAAUCUCCCCAAAUAGAUGAUUACUGUGACAACCAAUGUUUUCAAGGUGGGGUAGCAAACACUCACUCUCAAAGGAAAUGUAGUAUACCAAGAAAAAAAACGGUUGGAACUACUUUCAAACCUCAGACUUGCGACCAAGUGUGUUCUACUAAGAAACCUUAUGGGAAAAGUGAAACGGUUUACUCUUGUGAAGGGUUUGAAGAGAAUCCCUCUCGAGAAGCAAGCAACGAAUCCAUCUGUUCGGACGUAGAGAGUUACAGGGAGAGAUUGGGUCUUCCUUAUCAAAAUAACGACGAGUAUAAGAGAUUAGUCAGAGAGCUGGAGGAGAAACUGGUAGCCAGAAACAGGGAGAGAGUGAGAAAAACAAUGAGGGAGUUCGAGAAAUGCAGUACUAGGAAUCAGAAUCUAAGGAGACCGGUUCUCUACGACGACAGUUCUUGCGGCGAAGAACCAAUACUGACCAAAAUCGUUCAUUUGAAAGCAGGAGAUGCGGAGAAUAAGGGUGCUUAUAGAAGAGUUUGCCCUCCGUCGUCUCCUAAACGACAAAGUGUCGCCAAAGAGAUGAAUACAGUGGAAACUAUGCAAAGAGAGGUCAAACCAAGGAUGCAAAGAAUGGCUCCAAGACCUUCAAGGUAUUGUUACGAAAAAGAUCCGAUCCACUGGCAGAUGGACACCGCAACAGGAGAAUGGUACAGGGUUUCUGACGUGAAUAUAUGUGAUCCUUAUGACAUUUAUGAGCCUGAGUCAAGGUAUUCUCAAUCAAUUCCAGUUCCUAGGAGGGCAAUGAUGGAAAGAUACGAGGAAGAGCCUCGAUGUGAAGAUUGUGAUGAUUUGAACCGGCGGUAUGGUCAUAGAUAUAAUAUAUUAUUCUGUCCCAGACAUAGAAUGGAUAGAUAUCCUCCGAGACAUCGUAGAAGAUGAUCCGUUUGAAUAGAAUGAGCUGUUUCUAAUAUUUUGGUGUAUUUCGCAUGUCUUUUAGUGAGUAAACCAUAUGCGUAUA